AUGUCAUUACAUACAACAAAUAUUAUUGAAAAUAUAUCAUUACUUCGAAAGUAUAGUCCAAUAACAUGUGAUGUUCUUUCGGAAUUACGAAAUUCUGGUGAAUAUUGUGAUGUUAUUUUACGUACUGAUGAUCAACAUUUAUUCAAAGUUCAUCGAGCUAUACUUUGUUCAUGUAGUUCAUUUUUUCGAGCACUUUUUACAAAUGGAAUGAAUGAAACAACAGAUCAUAUUGUUGAUAUUCAUGAUAUUAAUGGUGAUAUAAUGAAUUUAAUUAUUGAUUAUGUAUAUACACGUGAAAUAAAAUUAAAUGAAAAUAAUAUAUAUGAAAUUUUACCAGCUGCUAAUCAAUUACAAGUAUUAGAAUUGUUUUUUUUAUGUGAAAAUUAUUUAUAUGAAAAACUUAAUCCUGAAAAUGUCCUUGGUAUACGAGAAUUUGCAUCAUUCUUUUAUUGUAAAAAACUUUGUCAACAAACUGAAGUUUAUUUAUUAACUAAUUUUACUGAAAUAUCAAUAAAAAGUGAAGAAUAUCUUGAAUUACAUAUUGAACAAAUAAUUGAUAUACUCAAUUCUGAUGAAUUAAAUGUUAAAAGUGAAGAAGCAGUUUUUGAUGCUGUUAUACGAUGGAUUGAUUAUAAAGUUGAUGAACGAAAAAAAAAUAUUGUCGAUUUACUCAAAUGUGUUCGUUUGGGUUUAUUAACAACGAAUUUCUUCAUUGAAAAAGUCAAAUGUCACCCAUAUAUUAUUAAUAAUGAGGCUUGUAAGCCAUUAGUUAUCGAUACAUUAAAAUAUUUAUAUGAACUUGAUGUUGACACUUAUCAAGAUCUAUUAGUACAAAAUCCAAUAGCUAGACCACGUAUUCCACAUGAAGUUCUUUUUGUAUGUGGUGGAUGGUCAGGUGGAAGUCCAACAUCGGCAAUCGAAUUAUAUGAUACUCGUGCUGAUAAAUGGUUUCAGUUACCAUUUAAUGAUCAAUUUCAUCGUGCAUAUCAUGGAAUAGUAACCAUUAAUAACUUUAUUUAUGUCAUUGGUGGUUUUGAUGGAAUGGAUUAUUUUAAUUCAUGUCGAGUUUUUGAUUUGAAAACAUUACAAUGGAAUGAAAUUGCACCAAUGAAUGUCAAAAGAUGUUAUGUGAGUGUAGCUGUACUCGAUGGAUUAAUUUAUGCAAUGGGAGGUUUUGAUGGUCAUUCACGACAAAGUACAGCUGAAAGAUAUUCACCAAAUUCUAAUCAAUGGCUUCCUAUUCCUCCAAUGCAUGCUCAACGAUCAGAUGCAUCUGCAACUGUUCUCCAAUGUAUAAUAUAUAUUUGUGGUGGAUUUAAUGGACAAGAAUGUAUGAACAGUGCAGAAUAUUUUGAUCCAAAAACGAAUCAAUGGACAAUGAUUGCACCGAUGCGUAAUCGACGAUCGGGUAUUGGUGUCAUUGCAUAUCAUAAUUCAAUCUAUGCCAUAGGUGGUUUUAAUGGAUCAACACGAAUGAAUUCCGGUGAAAAAUAUAAUCCAAAAACAAAUACUUGGAUGUCGAUACCGGAUAUGUACAAUCCAAGAAGUAAUUUUGCUAUUGAAGUAGUCGAUGAUUAUUUAUUUGUAAUUGGUGGAUUUAAUGGUGUAACAACUAUAUUUAAUGUUGAAUGUUUUGAUGAUCUAGCUGAAGAAUGGUAUGAUGCAGCUGAUAUGAAUAUAUUUCGUUCGGCUUUAUCAGCUUGUAUUCUAUCGGGUCUUGAUCAUGUUCGAAAUUUAAUAACAUUUGCAAGACAACAAAUUAUCGAUGAAGAAAAAUUAAAAAAUUCGAAUAUAAUCAAUAUAGAUACAACAUCAUCAUCGAUUAUUGCUGUUGGUACUUUAUCAGCUGCUGUUGGUGCUUUAUCAUCUACUAUUGAUAAUAUAAUAGCAAAUAACUUAUAG